AUGGAUCCUGCAAGAGCAGAAGUCCCGACAUGUCCGUUCUGCACAUUUUCUGAGCCUGAUAGCAAUUCUAUUAUGGAACAUAUUGAGCUAUAUCAUCCUGAAAUUGAGAGAAGGUUUGGUGUCAACAAUGGUAAAAAUGCCAUAUACUUGAACAGGGCAUCAUCUGACUACACGCAACAAUCUGCCAGCGACGAGAACGACACCCAUUACCCACGUGAUUGUGGGAAGAUAGUGAUGGACACUGAGCUUCCCACUCAUAUUGAUCUACAUUUUGCAGAAGAAACUGCCCAUGAGAGUACAACAUCUUCUCAACCAGAGUUCUCCGGCUCGCUGACUGCUCGAAAGCUAAGCAGACCUGACGAUGACGAGGACCUGGACAAUACCCAGUACUUCCAUGAACCCUUUGUUAAGAGCCAACUAAACAAAAAGAAACUUGCCCAGGAAGCACUAAGAGAAAAAAGACCUCGUAGUCCUUCAAAUAUAGCGUUCACUGUGAAAAAGCUUGGACGCACCGAAUUAGGACCCUAUGCUCAUGAGAAGCAGAUGCCUUCGUGGCUUCGAAAGUUAUUAGAAAAAGGCGUCAAGAUAACGGAGUCGAAUACAAUUGCUCCAGAUGGAACGCUUCGGAAGCAUCAUUCAAUGGAGAACGAGACGGCUGAUGUUGUUCCAGUGCUUGCUAGACUUUGUGAGCAGGACAAAUCAGUACAGCGUGCUUUCUUCUGUAGCCCUAAAGUACAUCAAGUCUCUAAGAUGCCAAAAGAGGGGGGUUUUUGUGGCUACAGAAAUAUUCAAAUGCUAAUUUCCUACAUCAAAGAAUGCCGCGUUCCGGGGCAUGAAUGUUUCUCGGAGACGUUACCAACGAUUCUGCAGAUACAGGAGAUGAUCGAGAAUGCUUGGGAUAUGGGUUUCAACAGCAUUGGACGGAUUGAGACAGGCGGAAUUCGCGGUACUAGGAAAUACAUUGGCACCCCCGAAGCACAGGCGCUAUUUUUGAGUCUAGGAAUACAAUGCGAAGCCAGUAGUAUCGGAGGAACCAAGGAUAUGCAGGCUCAUGACGCUUUGUUCAUGUGCAUUGCGAACUACUUCCGACAGACGUGCUGCUUGGAUACAAAUGACAAAGUGUUUUUGACAAACUUACCACCGAUUUACUUCCAACAUCAAGGGCACUCAUUGACCAUUAUUGGAUUCGAGAUACGUGAUAAUGGCAGUGCGAAUCUCUUGGUCUUGGACCCAAUGUUCAAGCCAUCGUCUGCUGUGAAGCGGCUCAGAGGUAUGCGCACAGCAUCUGCUGAUCCCGCUCGGAUCCUAAAGGGCUACCGACGAGGAACAGAUUAUUUACAGAAAUAUAAAAUCUUUGAAGUCCUCAAGCUGUCUACCUCCCAAGACUAG